UCCACAAAGUCUUCGUCCCAGAAGAAGAGGAACUCCCUUCCCAGGAGUGUGAAUCGUGUGAUGGAGAGAGUGAUGGCAAGGCACUAUGACUUUGACCUCACCUACAUCACUGAGCGGAUCAUCUCUGUCUUCUUUCUGCCUCACCUGGAAGAACAACAUUACCGUGGCAACCUACAGGAAGUGGCUGCUAUGCUCAAGUCCAAACAUCAAGAUAAGUUCCUGCUCUUAAACCUGUCUGAGAAGCGUCAUGACAUCACACGACUCAACCCCAAGGUUGAAGACUUUGGUUGGCCCGACCUGCACGCCCCUCCGCUGGACAAGAUCUGUGCCAUGUGUAAGGUCAUGGAGACCUGGCUGACCUCUGACCCCAGCAACGUGAUCGUCCUUCACUGCAAGGGAAACACAGGAAAGAUGGGGGUCAUUGUGGGUGCCUACAUGCACUACAGCAAGAUCUCUGCAGGGGCGGACCAGGCCCUGACCACUCUGGCCAUGAGGAAGUUCUAUGAGGAUAAAGUCUCCUCCUCGCUACAGCCCUCCCAGAACAGGUAUAUGUACUACUUUGGGGGUCUGCUGUCGGGGGCGAUCAAGAUAAACAGCAGUCCUCUGUACCUUCACCAUGUUCUGAUCCCCAGCCUGCCCAACUUCCAGGCAGCAGGGGGAGGUUACUAUCCUUUCCUGAAGAUCUACCAGUCUCUACAGCUGGUCUACACCUCGGGCAUCUACGACCCCCAGGGCUCCAGGGCGAGGAAGCUAUGUGUGACGCUCGAGCCGGCGCUACUGUUGAAGGGGGACAUCAUGGUGAAGUGCUACCACCGGCGGUCGCGUGGCUCAGAGAGGGAGGCGGUGUUCAGGCUGCAGUUCCACACCUGUACGGUCCACGGAGCUCAGCUGUGGUUCGGCAAGGGAGAGCUGGACCUGGCCUGUGCAGAUGACCGCUUCCCUCCAGAUGCUACGGUGGAGUUUAUCUUCUCCUACGGCCCAGAGAAAAUUAAAGGGCGAGAGUACCGUACGAAUGACCCAUCUGUUACAGUGGACUGCAACACCUCAGACCCAGUGAUGCGCUGGGACUCCUAUGAGAACUUCAAUCUGCACCACCAGGAUAGCACUGAGGACAUCUCCCACACGCGUGGUCCUCUGGAUGGCAGCCUGUACGCCCAGGUGAAGAAGCAUCGAGGCCGGGGCUCUCCCAAUGCAUGCCCCACAGGCAACCCCACAGCCAAGCCCCCUCCACUGGCCCAGCCUCAAUCUCAACCUCAGCCCCUGUCCCUUAGCUCUGACUCGGGACACUCCUCCACCCCCUCCGAACACAUGGAGGGCCCCCCUCCUUGCCCCCUGUCCCGUCUGGAGAAAGAGAAGGAGGUGGUGGACUGUCUACUGCGGAGGGGGGAGGGUGGAGAGAGAGACAGGGCGAUGGAGAGGGACCGGGAAACGGCAAUUUUGGAUGAUGGAGACUCUGUUCCAGAAGGAGGGUUGAGGAGGGAGAAGUGGUCAUGUUGCCUUCGAGCGGGCCACGGUCGAAGAUGUCAGAGGUGUGGGGACGCAUCGGGUUUUGAGAGGGAGCCGUGCUUUGCUAAAGGACAUUGUAUGGCCCGCUGUAACAGCAGCACCAAGGGGAACCCAAAGAGCCGAGCAUUACCCGCCUUACCCUCCCAGCAGCCGGUGUCUCCUCACCCCCUGGAGCCCCAUCUGGACAUGUGCCAUCGCCAUAGCGCCCAUCCCCUGCCCAAGUUGCCGUGGGAAUGUCCCCCACCCUCUUUACCCUGUCUCCAUCGGCCAUGUUACCCCUACCCCGCCCCUGAACACGCCCACCCAAACUCCCACACCAUCCUGGCUUCCAAUAGGCUCUUCUGCGGUGGAGAGGAGUGUCGGGUCUUUCAUUACCCCGCCCCCCGCCCUGCCCCACCUCGCCUUUCCCACCAAUCCCUGCCUUCCAGCCCGUAUAGGGAGAUGUUUUUCAGCCCGGCGGCUCCUCCUCGCUCUGAUGGCUGCCCAUGCCAAGACUGCACCUGCAGGCGAGAGCACCAAUCGGCUUCGGCCAGAGCCUUCCACCCGCUGUGCCUGGACCAACCAGAGAGCCUGCACUGGCCCCGAGGGCAGGACUCUGAGGUGUGGGACAGGGAUGCAGGGCUGAGGCGGGGAAGGGAGGGGCCUUCUCAGCUCUGGGAGCCGGAGAAUCCAUGGGAGGCAGAGAGAGAGGCAGAGUUUUGGCAACGGAGGUCAGUGGGAGGGAUGUCACCCUAUAUAGGCUGUCACUCCCCCCUGGGUCAGGGUACCAGGUACCCCAGCCCCCAACCCCUCCUGGACAACCCCGGUGGCAGCAGUGGGUACAACACACCCCAACCCCCCCGCCACUCCUGCCCUUGCUCUCCCUACCAGCAGGCCUCCCCCUCGGAGAGCCACGGGAGUCCAAACCCUGGUGACUCCCAAUCGGAACCACCCACCGACAGGCAGCAACAGACUGAUGGACACACUUGUGCAUCAGAUGUGGUGCAAAACAGUGUGGGUAUGGAGGACUCUUCUUCCCAGGGGUCAUUGGGGCAAAGCGAGAAGAAGCCAGAUGAACAGACAUUUGACGACACUGUAGAAGGUUCCCCCCUGAGUCCUCCAGACGGUCCCCAGGAGCCAAGUCAAGGGCCCCAGCAGAUAGAGCCCCUCAGUUGGACCCCAGUUUCUGCAGAGCCAGCCUCCACCUCCACCAUCCUGGAGCCUAACACCAAUAGUAACAGUAGCACGCCGGAGACCGAAAGGACACCGCACCAAGCCGUAAAAUCCACAACGACACCGACACCAUCGAAAGAUUCACAAAACCAAGGCAGUGACAGCUGUUCUAAAGAGUCCAUACAGAUGCUGAGUGAAUGUGUGAACCCUAGUGACUCACAACAAGUGCACAUGGAAGUGCACACUGUAAGUGCAAGUGUGCAUCCACCUCCCACUACAGCUGAGGAUGGAGAAUUGAAGGUCGUGGAGAGAGUACUAGAGAUGUCCACUCAGACCGCUGCCGUCCCGAGCGCAAGGCAUUCAAUCGUCCCUGUCCAAGUGAAACUCAAUGGCAGCGGCUCACCCCAAUCAGAAAGAGGCUGCAGUGCAUCACCGAGCCCUUGCUCUACCCUCAGCUCUGCCCCUCCCUCACCACACCUUUACAUUGGCUCCCCAGAGCGACGUCCCUCCCCUCAGCCCUCUCCAUUGGCCAUGGACCCAGCUGGGCGGAGACUUACCCCUGUGAGUGACAGUGACCCCAAAACCCCAUCCCCUGUCCCUGACGGGUACAACACCCCCACCUUCCCCCUGGCGUCCUACUACUAUCCCCUUCUCAACAUCCCCCACGUCCCAUACUCGGGGUACACCGCUGUCACUAUCCCCGCCGCCCAGCCCCCACUCCCCGAAAAGAGGCGCCUGUCUUCCAUGCCAGGGUACCGCAGUGGGCAUGGCUCCCAGUACAUCCUGAGUUCCUCCCUGGGUGCCAUAGGUACCUCUCCCCAAUCUAGCCCCCUCCACGUCACCGUCUCCCCCUCGGUGGGGGUGGGGGGGCUCCCCCUGCCGGUCAGACGAGGACUGGCGCCCCCUAUUGUCAGAGAGGAAAGCAGCAAAGUCAAUGCCAAGUUUGUACAGGACAGCUCCAAGUUCUGGUACAAGCCUGGCAUCUCCAGAGACCAAGCCAUCGCUGUGUUGAAGGACAAAGAGCCCGGAUCCUUCCUGAUCAGGAACAGUAACUCCUUUCAAGGGGCCUACGGUCUGGCCCUCAAGGUGGCCAGCCAUCCUUCAAACAACAUCAACAACAACAAAGUGGUUGAUCAGGAGCAUCUGGUCAGACACUUCCUCAUUGAGACAGGCUCUCGGGGGGUCAAGAUAAAGGGCUGUCAGAAUGAGUCCUAUUUCGGAAGUUUAUCUGCCUUGGUGUACCAGCGCUCACUCACCCCUAUCUCCCUGCCAUGCGCCCUAUGCAUCCCUGAGAAAGAUCUGGUCGGAGAGCUGCAGAGUGCCAGCAACACCAGUACGGCAGCUGACCUCCUCAAACAGGGCGCAGCCUGUAACAUGCUCUACCUAAACUCUGUGGAGACAGAGUCACUAACGGGGCCUCAGGCUGUCUCCAAGGCGAUCAGGUGCACUCUGACCCAGAGCCCUCAGCCCAUGGCCACCUUGGUCCACUUCAAAGUGUCCACUCAGGGCAUCACGCUGACCGACAGUCAAAGGAGACUCUUCUUCAGGAGACACUACCCCAUCAACAGUGUGACCUUCAGCAGCGUGGAUCCUCAGGACAAGAGGUGGACUAAUUCUGAUAACAAGUCAAGCAAGGUGUUUGGUUUCGUGGCCAGGCGGACUGGCAGCACAUCGGAGAAUGUGUGUCACCUGUUUGCCGAGAUGGACCCAGAGCAGCCGGCUGUGGCCAUCGUCAACUUCAUCAACAAGGUCAUGCUGGGGCCCCAGCAGCAGCAACGCAGAUGAGUUAGUACUCCCAGGGGCCACAGAGAAAGGGCAUAACUGGGUGUAAAUCGGUGUGUGGGAGGAAAUUGGUGGUUUGGGUAUGUGUGUCUGCAAAUUGGUCUGUCUGUGUGUGUGUUUUUGCAUGUUUGAAGACAGCUGUCAACUGGUGAGGAACCGGAUUGGGCACAAUCAUGUCCAUCAGGACGGUAUAUUACAAAGGUACAGAAUAACUUUUGAGGUGAUAGCUUUAAGCUUUUCCUCUACAAUUGAGUGGAUUAACACCACCUCUGCCUGGGGAGAUUUUGCAUUGAAUUAUUUUGUAACGUCCAUUCAGUUACUGUUUGCCAUCACCUUUCAUUUAAUCAUGUUAUUCAUGACUAUGAAGUAUUUGUAAUUUUAAAUAGGCAAGCCUUGUCAAAGCCUGUACGAUGUCAAUGACUACCCAGUUUGCACACAUGCAGAUAUGGAAAAUCACUUGUUUUGUUGGUCAGUAUUAUGUUACCCAAUGUCUGUAUAGUCAACCUCUUUGAAGAGAAAACAGUCCGGAAGGGGGUUAUACAGUAAAUACACUGAGUGGACAAAACAUUAAGAACACCUGCUCUUUCCAUGACAUAGAUUGACCAGGUGAAUCCAGGUGAACGCUACAACCCCUCAUUGA